CUCUAAACUGCGACCAAGGAGCCCACGAACGCGAAAUAAGGCGCCAGGACUGCUUGGUCAUGACAAUAUUCUCGAUUCUACAAUAUGACUGAGGUGGAGGUCAACGGGAUAGCGGCGGGCGUGGUGGACCUAGAUCUCAAAACAUCACUCUCUUCUUCAUCAACUUCAAGGCGGAUCAAUACCCUCGCAAUCUUGCAGGAGAGGCUCUCAAAGAAUGAAAUCAGCCCGAAAUUAUUCCCCCCUCUUCUACAGCUGUUAUUUGACACGCAUGCAUACUAUCGCGACCGCCCCUCUCGUCGAGCUGUUGAGCAAUGUCUAAGACUUGCUUUUCGCUCAGGCUGUGCUCCUCCAGCAUUAGCGGGCUUCAUCAAGAAUCUAGAGGCCGAGUCUUUGAAGCUAGGGAUCGCCCCCAGCAAUGCUUUUGUUCUGGUAGAAUGGUGUAGCAUGCUUCUGCAGGUGCUGACUGGAACCGACUACUGGGAUAUCUGGGGCUUCCAAGUUCUCGAGAGCCAUGCUCGAUUGCUGGAAUUGUGUGUUGGAGAGUCUCCGCGGGACAACAUUAGACAAACCGCACUGCGCGUCACAUGGCGAGGACUCCGGGAGGCAUUCUCUAUACCCGAGAAGAGGCAAAAUGUGAUGAAAGGAGCUAUCCAGAAACUUGCGUCAAAAGGUGCUCAGUCAUCUGCGAAGAAUGCUAUCAUGCUUGGAGCUAUCGCUGGAACAUGUGCGAGGAAUUUCCAGAAAGAGUCCACGAAAUCGUCAGAGAUGAAAGAAUGUCUCACGAACAAGAAAUCCGAAUACUACGCAUUCUACAUUCGAGAAAUCAUUGGUUCGCGGACUCUUGUACCAAGCCACAUAUCGAAUGCUUUACAUGACUUCUUUGCUUCGUUCGCAACAAAGGAGGACAUAGAGAGGGAGAUUGUUCCUGCUCUGGAAAAAGCUCUGCUUCGUGCACCGGAGAUAGUGCUCAAUGAUCUCGUUACGCCACUGUUUCGUUCCCUUCCUGAUACGAUAGAUCUUACAAGUAUUCUUAAGAACAACCUUCUCAAACCUCUGCUUUCCAAUAUCAAGUCAAGCAAUGCUACUAUUCGCUUAGGAGCGCUUUCGGCACUUCGUGCUGCGGCUCCCAAGUGUCACGAGGUGAAUGUUAUUGCUGAGGUUGCAGAAGAGAUUGUUACCCCUCUCAAAGCUGGAAAAUUGCCUUCCGCUGAUCAGAGAGCUAACCAUGCCGAGAUGCUUGCUCUACUCCCUGUCACAGAGACAACAGCUACCAAGAUUGGUUCAGCUAUUACCGCCGUUGUCGGCAAAGAAGCAAACGAGGCAGCGCUUACAUCGGAGACAUCAGCCCUCCUGCAUUAUGUAAGUUGGGCAAUACAGCAUGGAAUGGAUCUGGAUAAGCAAAUGACAGAUGCUUUCACCAAAGGGAUCUCGGAUAAAAAGGUACCUUUCAAGAGUCUUUGGACCGGACGACUGGGUGAACUGUUCUGGGCCACGGAUGAUCAUGAGAUUUUGCGAGGCAAAUUAGCUAAACUCGCUGAAUGCACAAUCUCACCUCUUAUGGAUAUCUGGCAGGAAGUCACGGCGAACCCUUUGGCUGCAGCACAGUCUGGUCUCGUCGCCAGCGCUUUUGUGCUUACUGCUAUUGCCUUUACGAAGCUACCACAUGUUUCGAAUAGCAAGGUUGAUACGGCUCUGAAGAAAGCUCAGAUAGGAAGACAAGCCUUGGUUAUGGAGCCAAAACCUUCCUUCCUGUUGAACCCACGCAUUUAUGGGAAGCUUACAAGUGAGGAGGAUUUCAUCUGGCUUCUUCGAGCUCUUGCAUCCACUGCACAAGAUGUCGUUACGUCUGAUACAGUUUCACCUAGCUCUAUUGCCUGGUCUCAAGCCGUAAUAUUCUGCAUAUGCUCUUCAACCGUCAAGCCGAGUGUUAGAAAGAAUGCUUCCGAAACCUUGACUAAGCUCUACCUCAAUUAUCCUUUAGCAAUUGUCAAAGUUAUCGUGUCGGGACUUUGGAGGUGGCGAGACUCCAUCGAAUCAGGCGACAAGGAUAGUGCUGCUGUGUUGUCUAAAACAGAGAACAGCAAUAUUCACCAUGUUAUUCGAGCCAUCUGUCUAUCCCCAGCAGAAGUCACUCAGCUUGGUGGUCAAGUCGAAAUGUCUGUCCGGAUGGAGCAGAUGAUUUUACUGUUGGUUCUAUCUCGACAGGAAUUGUUACCGCGAGUGAGCUGGAUCCAGCUGUGUCUCAAAGUUGAGGUAGAUCCUGGCAACCUUGCCAGGAAAUCUGGAGAUGCUCUGGUUCAGCAGAUACUUGAUUGCACUAGAUUUGACGAAAAAGCGACCUUCCAAAGAUCCGACAAUGUCAAGAUCGCUGCUUUCCAAGCAGCAGCAGAACUUGCCUUUGUGGCCCCCGAUGCAAUGACCCCUAGAAUUGUAGAGCUUCUUGAAAAUGAUCUGGACUCAACUCAAUUGACUAACAUCGGCCCAACAGAGGCGGCUAUCUUCAGAACAGAAGAAGGCACGGCUUUUGUCGAUGUGCUCGCGUCCAAGUCCCAAAGCUAUGUUCCCAACAAAAAUACAAAAGAUUACGACACUUUGAAGUGGGAAGAAGAGUUACGAGCUCAGCUCGCACAGAAGAAAGGACAACAGAAGAAACUCACUUCCGAAGAAACUGCCAAGGUUAAUGCUCAGUUGAAAAAGGAGUCUGCUAUUCGUCUGCAGAUUCGCCACCUUCAAGCAAAGCUCCUCCGUGGGUUUGGUAUCAUCAACAGCCUAGCCACAGGACCGCCUACUGAAGCAGGUCUUUGGAUGGGGCCGGCUGUCAAGGCAUUAGUGGAGGUAAUUAAGGCUGGUGCUGGGCUCAUCACAGGCAAUGCAGCUCCCGAUGCGUACAUUGCCUGCGCAGAACGACUUCCGAGCCGCGUUGGUGCUCUGAGGCCAUUCAUAGGUAUCGCGACAUUGAGAGCUUUAAAUGUACCACACCUUCCAGAGCAUCUAGAGGAAGAGCCUCUAGGUGCGUUGAUUACCAGAGUCCUUUAUCGACUUCGCUUCUCUGGAGAACAACGACCUUUCGAUACAGUCUCCUUGAUCUACAUUCUCCCUCUUGUCUUUCUCGUCCUGCGCGAGAAAGGCUUUGGAGAGUCUGAUGACGCUGAAGCUCAGAUUGUCUUAGCUUUAGAAUUCUUAUCUUACCAUACAGAUGCCUGCUCUGACGAGCUGGUACCACGCGAGGAGAUCUUGUCUGUGCUAAUAUCAUCGAUGCAAAACUAUAAUCAGCAUUACAAGAUGAUCAAAGAUUGUCUGGCAGAUCUUUGCCGUUGUAUUGCGCCGAACAUAACUGAGAUCGAGCUGUCAAUCCUUGCCCGCGGAGCAAUUGUCCCGCAAGUUUCGGUUCGUUCCUCAGUCCUACAAUCAAUUAGUGCUGAGAUCGAUAUGAGUGAUGUAGACUUCUCUGACGAGAUAUGGCUCGCUUGUCAUGACGACGUGGAAGAGAAUGUCGAGCUUGGAAAAGAAAUUUGGGAAGAGAGCGAAUUUACAGUCUCCGAAGAUGCUCCCUUCAGGAUGCUGCCUUAUCUCGAGAUUGUGGACAAGCAAUUGAGACGAGCGGCGGCAAGAUCGUUAGCGGCAGCUGUGAAAUUACGGCCAUCAACAUUUCAAGAUGUGUUAGAACGCUUGAAGUCGACAUAUCAAGAGCUUGCAAAGCCCCGUGUGCCCCAGCUCGACGAAUACGGCAUGCCCAAAAAGAUGGAUCUGUCGGAUCCCUGGGAGGCUAGAAACGGUAUAGCUCUUGCGUUCAAAGAGCUAGCUCCCAUUUUCGAGAUUAGCCUACUUAUUGCAUUCUUGCAAUUUCUGAUUGAAGCUGGUCCUCUUGGCGACAGAAACCCAAAUGUGAGAGAAGAAAUGGUAGAAGCAGCUACCAGUAUUAUCGCACUUCACGGCAAAGACAAGGUGGAGGAACUAAUGAAAACCUUCGAACAAACUCUUGAAGCUCCAGACAAAGGCUCCGAAUUCGCGGAUCGAGUCAAUGAAGCUGUCAUCAUCAUGUACGGAGCUCUCGCUCGACAUUUGAAGGCGGGAGAUCCACGAGUUCCUAAGGUAGUGGAGAGGCUGCUAGAGACUCUGAGUACACCUUCUGAAGCAGUGCAAUACGCUGUUGCUGAAUGCUUGCCGCCACUGGUACGUGCGUCGAAAGAGCAGAAUCCAGAGUACAUCAGGCAUGUUCUCGAUCGCUUGUUCAAUUCCAAGAAAUACGCUGCUCGUCGCGGUGCCGCCUAUGGACUUGCAGGUAUUGUUCAUGGCAUUGGUAUACUAGCUCUGAGAGAAUAUCGUAUCAUGUCAACGUUGAAAGGUGGGAUUGAGAACAAGAAGGAUGUCAAUCAUCGUGAGGGUGCAUUGUUGGCAUAUGAAUUAUUCUCAACGAUUCUAGGGCGAAACUUUGAGCCUUACGUUAUUUUAAUCGUACCCCAGCUCCUUUCCAGCUUUGGAGACGCCAGUGCGGAUGUACGUGAGGGUUGCUUAGCAGCCGCAAAGGCCUGUUUUGCAAGUUUGAGCUCAUACGGUGUCAAGCGAAUAUUGCCUACGCUCUUGGAGGGCCUUGAUGACCAACAAUGGAGAAGUAAGAAGGGAGCAUGCGACCUUCUGGGUGCUAUGGCCUACCUUGAUCCUCAACAAUUAGCCCAGAGCUUACCUGAGAUCAUUCCACCAUUGACUGGGGUACUCAACGACAGUCACAAAGAAGUUCGACUUGGCGCAAAUCGAAGUCUGAAACGCUUUGGUGAAGUCAUCAGCAAUCCCGAGAUCAAAGGCCUUGUGGACGUACUGCUUAAGGCUCUUAGCGAUCCUACAAAGUACACAGACGAUGCUUUGGACUCUCUCAUAAAGGUACAAUUCGUUCACUACCUGGAUGCACCAUCACUUGCACUUGUAGUUCGCAUUCUAGAACGUGGACUAGGGGAUCGCUCGGCGACCAAGAGGAAAUCAUCUCAGGUCAUUGGCAGUCUGGCCCAUUUGACGGAGCGAAAGGAUUUGAUCUCGCAUCUGCCAAUUUUGGUCGCUGGUCUCAAAGUUGCUGUGGUUGAUCCUGUGCCCACCACACGUGCAACUGCCUCGAAAGCCCUUGGCUCACUGAUCGAGAAGCUUGGCGAAGAUGCUCUACCUGAUCUUAUCCCAGGAUUGAUGCAAACACUGAAAUCAGAUACUGGUGCUGGUGACCGACUCGGAUCUGCUCAAGCUCUGAGCGAGGUCCUUGCUGGUCUCGGUACCAGUCGCUUGGAAGAAACACUGCCCACAAUCUUGCAAAAUGUUGCUUCCUCAAAGCCUUCUGUCCGAGAAGGUUUCAUGUCACUCUUCAUCUUCUUGCCUGUUUGCUUCGGCAACAGCUUCGCAAACUAUCUCAGCAAAAUCAUUCCACCAAUUCUAAGUGGUCUGGCUGAUGAGAUCGAGUCCAUUCGUGACACCUCCCUCCGAGCUGGACGUCUUCUUGUCAAGAACUUCGCAACUAGAGCUAUCGAUCUCUUGUUACCCGAGCUGGAACGAGGUCUUGCUGAUGACAGCUACAGAAUUCGUCUUAGCUCUGUGGAAUUGGUGGGCGAUUUGUUGUUCAACCUCACAGGCAUCAACGCCGGUACCGAGCAAGAUGAGGUAGAAGAAGGUGCCCAGGAAGCAGGAGCCUCGUUACUGGAAGUCCUUGGAGAAGAGAAGAGAAACAAGGUCCUCUCGUCUCUUUACAUUUGUCGUUGCGAUACGUCUGGCUUGGUUCGUACCGCCGCAGUCAAUGUUUGGAAGGCUCUUGUGGCCAGCCCAAGAACUCUUAAGGAGCUUAUCCCAACAUUGACCCAACUUAUCAUUCGCAGACUAGGAAGUUCCAAUAUGGAGCAGAAAGUUAUUGCGGGCAACGCACUCGGCGAGUUGAUUCGAAAAGCUGGCGACGGAGUCCUAUCCAGCUUGCUUCCUACACUAGAGGAAGGUCUGCAAACAUCGACAGAUACCGAUGCCAAGCAAGGUAUCUGCAUUGCUCUUCGAGAACUAAUCUCAUCUGCUUCUCCUGAAGCUCUGGAGGAUCACGAGAAGACUUUGAUAUCAGUAGUCCGAACCGCUCUUAUCGAUUCCGACGAGGAAGUCCGAGAAGCUGCCGCAGAAGCUUUUGACUCUUUGCAGCAGAUUCUUGGCAAGAGAGCUGUCGAUCAAGUGCUACCCUAUCUUCUUAACCUGUUACGCACAGAUGAAGACGCAGACAACGCUCUAUCUGCCCUCUUAACGCUACUUACCGAGACAACAAGAUCAAACAUCAUCUUGCCUAACUUGAUCCCAACCCUCACGACCUCUCCAAUUUCGUCUUUCAACGCCAAAGCUUUAGCAUCCCUAUCCACUGUCGCUGGCUCUGCCAUGACCCGAAGAUUGCCUACGAUAUUGAAUGCGUUAAUGUCCAACAUCAUCUCCUGCAAUGACGAGGGCUUACUCGAAGAUCUCAACACAUCAUUCGACACCGUGAUCCUUUCGAUUGAUGAAUUUGAUGGUCUGAACACGGCUAUGAGUGUAUUGCUUGGGCUCUCGAAGCACGAUGACCACCGCAUAAGAGCAGCUACUGAUCAUCAUCUCGCAAAGUUCUUCGCUGCGGCCACUGUGGACUACUCUCGCUAUAACCAAGAUAUCGUAAGAGCUUUACUUAUAUCUUUCGAUGACCGGGAUCCGGACGUAGUUCUAGCCGCCUGGACCGCGUUGAGCGAAUUCACUAAACACAUAAAGAAAGAAGAGAUGGAAGCUCUUGUGUACUCCACACGACAAAUCUUACAACAUGUUGGAGUUGCUGGAUCAAAUCUGCCAGGCUUCAAUUUGCCUAAGGGCAUCAAUGCCAUCCUACCUAUAUUUUUACAAGGUCUCAUGAAUGGCACCGCAGAGCAGAGAACACAAAGUGCUCUUGCCAUCUCGGACAUUGUAGAUCGUACAAGUGGGGAUGCUUUGAAGCCAUUUGUCACUCAGAUAACUGGACCGUUGAUCAGAGUGGUAUCCGAACGCUCAGUCGACGUAAAAGCAGCGAUUCUGUUGACUUUGAACAAUCUCCUCGAGAAGAUUCCUACAUUCUUGAAACCCUUCUUACCUCAACUUCAGAGGACUUUCGCCAAAUCCCUGGCAGAUACAUCAAGUGAAGUUUUGAGAACUCGAGCAGCCAAGGCACUAGGCACGUUGAUCACACUCACUCCUCGAAUAGAUCCACUCAUUGCUGAGUUGGUCACUGGAUCAAGGACUUCUGAUUCAGGUGUUCGUAACGCCAUGCUGAAGGCCCUCUACGAAGUCAUCAGUAAGGCAGGAGCGAACAUGAGUGAGGCAUCUCGAAGCGCUGUUCUUACUCUUAUCGACACUGACCCAGAGGAUAAUGAUGUUUCUAUGGCAAUCACAAAUGCUAAGUUACUUGGAGCUCUGAUUAAGGUUGUCCCCUCGGAGAGUGCUGUUGCCCUCAUCAAGAACAGAGUCUUACCAAGUCACUUCACUCAGUCCUCUGUACUGGCUCUGAACGCUGUGCUGCUAGAAUCCCCAGCGACUUUAACGGAGACUGCCUUCGCCGAUAGCUUACCACAAAGCAUCUGUGAAGGCAUGCAAAACAAGAACAACUUCAUUUCUGACAACUGCGUCCUCGCGGCCGGAAAAUACCUUCUAUCCGACUCACGCAGCAGUGACUAUGAGACGAUCAAGCCAAUAUUCGAGACACUUGCCACAUUGAUAGGACCUGGACAGUCGGCUGACACUCGACGUCUAGCUUUGGUGGUGGUGCGAACUGUGUGCAGACAUCACAUGGAGCUCGCUCGUCCUCAUCUUCCACUACUCGCACUUCCCGUCUUUGCUAGUGUUCGAGAUACCAUCAUUCCUAUCAAGCUGGCGGCAGAAGCAGCAUUUAUGGCGCUAUUCAAUGUCGUAGAUGAGGAGAGCAAAGUAUUCGACAAGUAUCUUGCAUCUCAAGAUCUAGCUGCCAACCAAAAGCGGAGCAUGCAGGAUUACUUUAAGCGUGUUGCAUUGAGGCUGGGAAAUACUGCACGAGAGAGGAAAGAGGCAGAAGGUGGACAGGGCGGCUUGGGACUCUCUCAAGAUGAAGUUGAUGAUGAAAAGGAGAUAGCUUCGGUAGGAAGAGUCGACCUUGGAGAGGGAGCUUUUGAUGAGUGAUGAGUUACGAAAAGGCAUGGGAGGUGGUCAAAAAGCGUGCAUUGUAUUUGGAGGGAUCGUUUUUAGACGAAUGAAUUCUUGCG